CUCCUCUUUCGGUUGUAGCUUUAGCCGGCUGCCUCUCUGGGCGAAGCAGAAGCUCAGCGCGCAAAUAACUGAUGAGGGUAAAAGACCCAUCAAAGGUUAUCCAUGAUAAAAAUAAGAGACAAAAAAAGGCAAAUCAGCAUCAGGAUGAAGAUUCCUCAGAUGAUAUUACAGGAUUAACAUGCCAGCAUGUGGGCCAGGCAGUUGACGUCCAUCAUGUGAAGCGAGCAGUGGCUCAAAAUGUUUGGUCAAUAUGCUCAGAGUGCUUAAAGGAAAGGAGAAUAUACAAUGGUGAACCAGUAAUGCCUUCUGAUAUAUGGCUUUGUCUCCGAUGUGGCUUUCAGGGCUGUGGUCAAAAUUCAGAAGAUCAGCAUUCUCUAAAGCAUUUCCAGACUGCACAGGCGGAUUCUCAUUGUAUUGUAAUCAAUCUUAGCACAUGGAUCAUAUGGUGUUAUGAAUGUAAUGAGGAGCUAUCAACACAUUGUAACAAAAAGGCUUUGACACAAAUUGUUGACUUCCUCCAAAGGCAUGUUACAAGAAAUGAAUCAAGUUCAUCAUCAAAAAUUAUAUGGCUGCAUGAAGAAAGCAAUGAAGCCAAUGACAUCUUAAGAGGAAAAGGCCUCAGUUCCAGCUGGGCAUCUGUUCCUGUUAAAGGCAUUAAUAACUUAGGGAACACGUGUUUCUUUAAUGCUGUUAUGCAGAACUUGGCACAGACACACAUGUUAAGUGAGCUAAUGUGCGAAAUGAAAGAAAAGGGGACAAAGCUAAAAAUAGCUCAGAGCCCAGCGUCUCAACUGGAUCCAUUGGUAGUGAAUCUUUCAAAUCCUGGAUCUCUGACUUCAGCCAUGCUCCUGUUCCUUCAUAGCAUGAGAGAUGCUGGGAAAGGUCCUCUUUCUCCUAAAAUGUUAUUCAACCAGCUCUGCCAGAAGGCCCCUCGGUUUAAAGGAUUUCAACAACAGGAUAGCCAGGAGGUGCUCCACUACUUGUUGGAUGCAAUGAGAAUAGAAGAAACAAAGCGCAUACAAGCUGCAAUCUUAAAAGCAUUUAAUAAUCCAACAACUAAAACAGCAGAUGAAGAAACCAAAAGAAAAGUCAAAGCAUAUGGAAGAGAGGGUGUGAAGAUGAAUUUCAUAGACAGGAUUUUUGUGGGUGAAUUGACCAGCACUAUCAUGUGUGAAGAAUGUGAAAAUAUUUCCACAGUAAAAGAACCCUUCAUUGAUCUUUCCCUUCCUAUAAUAGAAGAAAGGAUCUCGAAACCUGUUUGUUUUGGAAGGACAAGCAAAGGUAAACAAAUGCAAGAAGCAGAUAUUGAUCGAUUCAGCUGUUCUUCCAUAAGAGUUCUGACUAAUCAGCAAUCAAAAUUAUCUAGAAAAUGUUCAUUAACAAAGGAUAAGAACCAAGUAAACCACGAAAGACGACUUGCCAACAAAUCUGGUGAAGAAGAAACAAGCCCUUUUAUCCUGCCUGGAAAAAUCAGAAACUCUAAAAUAGAAGACAGAGCCAAUCCUUCAUGCGCAAGAGACAGCGGUGCCCUCCUGGACUCUCCAGGAAAUGGGAGUCAGACUGAAGGCAGCGAGAAAGAAGUCAGCCGUUCUGAAAGUAGCAUUGAUGCCGAUAGCGAGGCUUCUGAAAGUGAAAAUGCUUCUAAGCAAAUGAUGGCCAAUAAAACUUGCCCCGCGCCUGAUUUGUGCACAGAUGGACACAGACACUUACCUGCAAAUGCUAAAAUGCAGUACAGCAAAUCAAGCAAUAGCAGUACGGAGGCACUUACUAGUGCCUUGUCAAAAUUUCACUUUGGAAGCCCAGCCAUGGAGAGCGAAGGCCCUCUCAACACUCUGUCGAGCCUGUCGAAGAGCACUGCCUUUUCAACGGAGGGGCAAAACCCUCAAAAUGCUUUCCAGACUCUUUCUCAGAGUUACGUAACAAGUUCUAAGGAAUGUUCGGUUCAAUCAUGCCUCUAUCAGUUUACCUCCGUGGAGCUGCUAAUGGGAAACAAUAAGCUGCUGUGUGAAAACUGUACAGAUCAGAAGCACAGAAACCAGAAAAAAGCAAAUUCCGCAGAUAAGAAGACAGAAGGUGUCUAUACAAAUGCUAGGAAGCAGCUGCUGAUUUCUUUGGUUCCUGCUAUUCUGAUCCUCCAUCUGAAAAGAUUUCAUCAGGCUGGCAUGAGCCUACGAAAAGUAAAUCGGCAUGUAGAUUUCCCACUUGUUUUGGACUUGGCUCCAUUUUGUUCUGCUUUUUGCAAGAAUGUGGCUGAUGGUGGCAAGGUCCUCUAUGCGCUUUAUGGAAUAGUAGAGCAUAAUGGCUCAAUGCGGGGAGGUCAUUAUGCAGCUUAUGUAAAAAUCCGAUCAUCGUCCAAAAAACAUUUGGAGCACAAUUCUAGCAAUAAAAAUGUUCAAGGUUUAAAAGAAUCUCCGGGAUCAGCUGUAGGACAGUGGGUAUAUGUCAGUGAUACCUAUGUACAAGCAGUCCCAGAAUCAAGAGUAUUAAAUUCACAAGCCUAUUUGCUUUUCUAUGAAAGAAUUCUGUAGCCAUGUUCAGUAUGGAAAACAGGAAAGCAGUGUUAUUUAACUUGCUUAAGUGCACAGAAAAUUACAGUAUGUGUAAAUAUUGUGCCUUUAUCUGUUCCUCUUCUUCAAUAGAAAAUAUACCCUGGUUUCAGAUUGUAAAUCAUGGCUUGGAUACAGAACAGCUUCCCCCCCCCUUUUUUCAUGCAUACAAAAAAUACAAUAGAGUGGCUAACAUUUUUGUUCAGUUGCUGUUUUAAAAGAGCCUAUAGUUUCAUAUGCUUUUAUGAAGAGUUGAGGGCAAAGACUGCAUUGAAAUGGAAAUUAAUAAAAAAAAUUGUCAUAUGUGAUUAGAAGAAGGUGGGUGUAUGUGUGCGUUUCUGAAUCCAAGCAGACAUUGCUUUUGGACUCCUAAAUUGUAAUGUGAAACAAUACAUUCUGAAACUAAACAGUAAUGUUUCAAAAUGGGCUAAUUAAAAUCAUGUGCUUUUUCAAAAGUUAACUGCAGGAACAAUCUUGAUAAGACUGACAACCUGAUUUUUCUUCAGUGAAGAAAAAGCUGUUUAUGGACACCAAAGCAUGUUUUUGUAAAAUAUUUGGCACUUGAUAAUUCUUGAAAGAAACGAUUCUUAUA